AUGUCUCGCCCAUUAGAGGCAGUCGCUAAGCUCAAAGAUUCUUUUGAAGUGCGGGACUUGGACAGCGUGUCUGAACUAAUGCCGAUAGUUCAGAAUGAAUUGCACAUCUGUGGCGUGAAAGUUGAUUGGGCACAAGCGCAAGUCACCAAAGAAGCGGUAGGUUCUCUUGCAGAUUAUGCUUCGGUGGACCAGUUAAUAUCAAUUUGCGGGCACCUUGCUUCCGACAUGCUUAAACAAGCACAUGCGCAAGUCGAAAGCGGUCUCCACGUGAAGCGGACAGAUACUGGAAUCUUGCUAUCGAUACAUCCUCCGUCUAAGUUGGCAGAAACGCUUCAGUCCAACGUCAUGAGUGAUGAGGCAGUUUGUGAUAUGUCUGAUGUACUCCGAAAAGAUGUGUUUGAGCCGAUACUCCGAACAUCACGUCGUUGGGUUGCGACUCAACUAGAGCAUGGUUUAGAACUCAGCUGCUCGUCGGAUGUAUCGACUACGACACUAGAGCUUGGCGCAUCCGUGCCUGAGCUCGUAGCUAUUCUGUCAAUGAUUAAGGAAACCCUUGGAGCGCAACCGACAGUUUUCUUAAUGCUAUCCAAAUCACUUAUUCCGCCUAUUAUCGAAUUAUUCAAAGCGCAUCUCUUGAGAUGCAAACCGCCGAUUGGAUCGUCGCAGGAUGCGACCAAACUUAAACAACAGAUGGUAUCUUGCACUCUCGAGUUUCAUCACGCACUCGUGCAACUCCAAUACGUGUCUGAUCAAAUGCCUCGCACUAAGCAUCUUCCCUGUAUGCCCGAGCCACUUUCCGAUCUACCCGUGUGGACACGAACAUUUGAUGUUGUAUGUAAGCAACAUUUUCUCGGCUGUCUGAUUGAUCAAGUGCGUGUUUUGGUGCUUCAACGAAACGAUAAAUGCUGGGAUACUGAGACGAAGGUCAUGACAAGCCCCAUCCAUACGCCGCAAGACAAUCCUGACUUGCGAAUUCAGUCUGUCUAUGAGACAGGGCCUUUGGCUCGUUCACUAAGGACAGUUCCACAAGCCGAUGGCCCUCCGGGAUUGGAAUUCGAUUUGAAGCCUGAACUUGUGUCAGUUCCUGAACCGAAACAGGAGGCAGAGCCUCAGACACAGCCCGCCAGUGCAUUUCGUCCAAAGCCAAGCAAGUCGAAAAAGCCGACCUUGGGUGGAGUGAAAAUUGGUGCAAAACUGCCAGUACCCGUUCAGGAAGUGUCGUCGAGCUUGCCACCGCCCAAAGCCCCAACACCACCGCCGAAAGUGCCAACGCCCGAGGCACAAGAUGAUUGGGGGUGGGGGGAUGAAGAGGCGGAUAUGGAUGCAUGGGAUGAGCCCGACAAGUCUCAAGCCGACGACAUGGGCUCAUCGAUACAAGAGACGUCUGAGGAUCCAUGGAACAAGACUGAGCCUCGGAACAAGGACGCUGGCACUCGGGAUUUUGAGCUGGAUGAAACGGAGCAAAUGGGUUCAUCAAGUAAGGACGAGAAUGAGAAUGGGAAUGACAAUGAGAAUGAGAAAAUGGAGCAAAGACGGCCACCAAAACAGUUGAAUGUGGACGCGGUGCCGAAUGAAACUGAAUCAGACGACUGGGACUGGGGUGAGGAUGAAGAUGAAGAUGAGAAUGAAAUCAAAAAAAUGCUCGCUGAGCCGGCAACUCGACUUCCUGCGGCUGUAUCAGACGAUCCAGCGUCCGGAUCCAAUGGGGCAGACUCAGAGAGAGUUGACUCUACGGGUGCUACAUCUUUGGCUUCUGACAAUAAUUUUGGCCCUAAGUCAUCCGCGGCCCAAGUACCCGACUCAAGCGUCCCUUCGAACAUGCAGUUGGAAGAGUCGCUUGAUGCUUGGGAAUGGGACAAUGAUACCGGUAUGGAAGAGACCCCAACCCCCGCCCUGCAAGAUCCAGACACAGCGGUGUCAACGGCACCGAUAGCAUCGGCGGCAUCAGCAUCGCCUUCGAUGACCGCGACGACUGCGGCCAUGAGCAGCACUAUCACUGUUUCGAGACGUGUGCUUGAUAUUUGCCGUGUAUUAGAGAACCAGUGGAAUCACCUCGAUGAAGACGUACCCAUGCGAGCUUCGCUGGCACAUGGCUUUCUCAUGUCCGUCCAGUUGUUUCGCGGCUUGAUGCCGAUUGUACAUGCUAAGGUGCUUCAACAUGUGGCCCUGCUAGGUAUGUUGUAUGUGAAUGAUUGUUCGUAUCUGGCCAGCGAACUUCGUUCAUAUGCAUCCAAAUGCACAAAAUGGGGUGCGUUCCGUUUACCAGGGGGACCCACUUUUGAGGUAUCGCUCGCGAUGGAAGCAGAUUGCCUUUACAACAUAAGCGCUCAGUGGCGUGAAGCAUUGAUGAAUAUUCAGCUCAAUGCACUGCACGAGUCUCUGGACGGAACAGAUAGCUUUGCAAGAACGGAUAUGCCGGAUCAGUACGACGCAUGUGUGCGAUCCAUCGAGCAAAUUGAGCAUAUUCUGACGCACCUGUCUUCAGUGUGGAGCCAAGUUAUGCGAGCCGAUGAGCUAAUGUGGCUGCUGUGCCAGUUAGUGGAUGCCAUAUUUGUGCGGGUUUUACGAGAGAUGGAGGAUCUGCAAGACAUUUCUGAGCAGGAAAGCAACCGACUUGCUGAGCUGUGUCGUAAGCUUAUGGACACGGCGAGCAACGUUCUGCACGGCUCAGAGACAGACGUGCCGACAUACUUCAAAUUUGCGUAUCUGCCUGACAUUCUGCAAGGUUCGCUCGCAGAUAUCGAGUAUUUGCUUUUUGAUAAUGAGAGCGGCAGUGCGCUGGCCGACUACACCCGAGAUGAGAUGAAUCUACUGGUGCGUGCACUCUUUGCCGAUACGCCGCAAAGGCGGCGCUUGCUAGACCGAAUACAACGAUGGACGUGA